AUGACAGACAAUGCGCAAGCCAACACAUCUUUGGUUGAAAAUGAACGACAGUAUCUCAAUUCACCUAUUGAAAACGUUAAUAUUCUCGCAGAUUGGAAGGUAAAAUCAGAAGAACCUCAAUGGAUUCCACUUACAAAUAUGGCGCUAGAUUAUCUGAUCGUUCAUGCAACAAGUGUACCAAGCGAACAGAUUUUUAGUUUGGCAAAGAUUACAGUUAGCUCAACAAGAAAUCGCCUGAAUCCAGAAAAAGUUUGCGAAUCUUUUUGUCUUAAAACCUGGUUUGCAGCGGAUUAA